CCAACAAUGGAGUGAGAUUUCAAGGUUUUGAGCUUAUUUUAGGUAUAUUGCUGUUAUACAACACCCAAAAGCCUAUAACCCUAUUAUUUUCUCACGAUACCAUCUCAGCACUCAGCACUCAGCACUCAGCACUCAGCACAGCCUCUCUCUUUCUCUUGUUUCACUCUAUUCUCUCCACCUCCUUCUCUGGUUUCAUCUACUUCCUCGCAUACCCUCACUUUGGAAAUGGACGUCUCCGGCUCGUUCACCAUGACUGCCGUCAUCCUAGACGGCAUCGCGUUCUCCGUCUCGUUCUCAAAUAAAUAACUGCAAAAGUCCUCUGCAAAGGGUUCUUAUGAUGUCUUAUUUUGCAGAUCUUUAUUCAAUUCAGGUUCAUUUCCACCCUAGGCAUAGUAAUAAGAAAAUAAAGGUGAAAGAAGUUUGCUUUUAAUCCCCAAAUUUGAUCCCUGUGUUUCAAAGGGAAGGAGACAAUAACACAUACCACCACCAAUUGAUAGAAAUGCUUCUAACUCGAAGUCACUCUCUGAUAAGGCUCAGGCACCAUUGCUCUAUCUCAGCCUUCAUUCGAUAUUUAACAACAUGUUCUUCAUCAUUUCACCCUUCUAGUCCAAAACCUCAUUUCCAAAAUCCAGCAGAACGUCCACAGUUUUAUUUCACGUUUUCCCGAUACUUCUCUUCAAAGGCUGCAAGUUCUCCUUCAAAACAAUCAUUACCUCUUACCCGUGAUGGAAAUUACAGUGAAACUAGUCCUGAGAACCUUAUUGUUUGCCCUGGUUGUGGGGUUCACAUGCAAGAUGGUGACCCUAAACACCCUGGCUUCUUCAUUAAACCUUCGCAGAAAGACCCCAGGACUUAUCGGUUGCAUGCUCAUCUGGAACCUGUUUCUCAGGAGUCUGAAUUCUCAGAUUCCCUUAAAAGGGGUACUGUGCUUGAGCCUGAAACUCAUGACAGUGAGGCUGGUUUGGUUGGAGUUAAGUAUGAAAGGCCAGUUGUAUGUGCACGGUGCCAUUCCUUGAGGCAUUAUGGGAAGGUGAAGGAUUCUACCGUGGAGAAUUUAUUGCCUGAUUUUGACUUUGAUCAUACCAUCGGAAAGAAGUUGGUAUCCACAUCGGGGACUCGGUCAGUUGUGCUAAUGGUCGUGGAUGCAUCAGACUUUGAUGGUUCAUUCCCUAAAAAGGUUGCAAGUUUUGUGUCAGACACAAUUGAUGAGCAUUCAACAGCUUGGAAACUGGGGAAGUCAGGGAAUGUGCCUAGAGUGGUGCUUGUGGUGACAAAGAUUGAUUUAUUGCCGAGCUCUAUAUCACCAAUGAGAUUUGAGCAUUGGGUUAGGCAGAGAGCAAGAGAGGGUGGAUCUAACAAGUUAACAAGUGUGCAUUUGGUGAGUGCAGUGCGGGAUUGGGGGUUGAAAAAUCUUGUUGAUGAUGUCAUUGCUUUGGCUGGGCAAAGAGGGAAUGUUUGGGCGAUUGGGGCACAGAAUGCUGGGAAGAGUACUCUGAUAAAUUCAUUAGGAAAGCAUGUUGGAGGCAAGGUUUCUCAUUUGACAGAAGCACCUGUUCCCGGUACAACAUUGGGGAUUGUUAGAGUGGAUGGUGUCCUUCCUCGUCAGGCAAAGUUAUUUGAUACUCCAGGGCUUUUGCAUCCCCAUCAAAUUGCAACAAGGCUGACAAGAGAAGAACAGAAGCUUGUCUAUAUUAGCAAGGAGUUGAAGCCAAGGACUUACAGGAUCAAGGCUGGUCAUUCAGUUCAUAUUGCUGGUCUUAUGAGGCUGGAUGUAGAAGAAUUAUCAGUAGACUCUAUAUAUGUUACUGUAUGGGCAUCUGUUUAUCUUCCGUUACAUAUGGGUAAAACAGAAAAUGCAUGUGAAAUGGUAGAGGAGCAUUUUGGUCAUCAGUUGCAGCCACCAAUUGGAAAAGAUAGAGUUAAAGAGCUCGGGCAAUGGGUGAGAAAGGAGUUUUGCGUCUGUGGCAAUAGCUGGGACUCUAGUUCUGAGGAUAUUUCAGCUGCUGGUCUUGGUUGGUUUGCUAUUGGACUCAAAGGAGAAGCUCAAUUAGGUGUUUGGACUUAUGAUGGAAUUGAUGUUGUUCUUCGCAAUUCAUUACUUCCUCAAAGAUCACAGUAUUUUGAAGUCUCGGGUUUUACAAUGUCCAAAAUCGUCUCCAAGGCUGACCAGACUUCAAAUAAGGCAUUGCGCCAGAGUGAGAAGAGGAAACAAAGCAACCAAAAAGAAACUACACCAAUUGGUGUAGAGCUUGUUUCAUAACAACACUGGCUUCAUAAGGGAAAGAAAGAUGUACUGAUUUAUGGCAAUGCUAAUCACGGUUGGAAGGUAGACAGUUCUUGCCCUUCAAGAGCAAGGUAGAACAAGUCAGUGCUACCUACAGAUGAACACUGCAUACGACUUUUAAGCAGGAAGGAAUACGCCAUCUACUGAUUUAUGAUACUGCACUGGCCUUGGUGCUAUGGGAAGACACCAAAUGCAACAGAGAUGAAUGUUUUGGAAGAUUGGGACUAUAUAAGGAGGUAUUUGCAGCUUUUCAAGUUGCCAAACCUUAAUUGGAAUGUAUAUAUCUCUAGUUUUCAUUGGCUCUUACAAAAGUUAGUAGUUAUGGGAGUUUGUAAAACUGUUUUGGUAUGAGCCAUGCUGUGUUAUUGAGUCUGUCAUCGUAGAGGCUUGUGGAGCCCUGGGAAAUUUCAAAAAUUUUGAGCUACAUUUUUUCAUGCGAGUGCUAAGUAUUAUAGCAUAUUGGUCCAAAGUUGUAGCUAUUAAUGUUAUGAUAUACAUUAAUUAUAGUUCCAAUUUUUAUGAA